AUUGAUGAUCGGUUUCGGUACGGCGUUGGUUCGUUAUCGUUAUUUCGUCAAAAACAAAUAUUCAUUUAAAAAGAAACAAAUAUUUAAUACAUUUAUAAAAUUGGAUUAUUUCAUGGAUGUAGUUGUGACCGUGGAAUUGAGCGUUGUUAGUUAGCUCAUGAAAAAAAAACGCCUGCAAAACGCGUCAUCUACAUGUUUUGACUUCAGACUUGGUUGUUGGUUCUUAGUCGUUCCUCAACAUUGUUCGCGGUGAUUGUUGUUUGAAGAACUAAAUUGAAUAUUGAAAGGGUUGUGUCGGUCGAAAAAAUACGGUGAGUGUUCGGAAAUACGCCGCCACCGAUUGAACUUACCUACCUAUACACCAACCUACGACGACGACAUUUCUAACUUGUAUCUGUGAGUUGAAGUUUUUAAAUUAAAUGAAACGUACACGAAGAGAAUAUCAAAAAAAUAUCAUCAUUGUUUUGCAAAAGUAUCUGUUGGAUUGAAUAUAGUCAAGCGAGUUAGUUGUACGUACAUUUAGAAAACUCGAAGCUUUUUCAGAACCAAGACUUCUCGGUCUAACAAUCUAACAAUUGGUCGCGUUGUCGGUCGCCAGCUAGCAGCAGCAUAGUUAACUUAGGCUAAAGAGAGUAUAGUGGUGCACUUAAUAAUUGUGCGUUAAUAUCUAUAGAUACCCAUCUACAUACCAGUGACGCGUCCUAUUAACACGAUAAACCUACUGAAAGAUCGGAUUUGAUAAUAUACAAAUAUCUAUACCUCUUGUUUAAAAUAUAAAUAUAAAAAUAAAUUUGAGUUUUGAGACACAAAGGCUAACAAAUAAUUUUUGAUACCAUCCUCGCAUACCAUCAAAAAAAAGUUUACAAGAAAUAAAAAGUGCUAUAAUUAAAUUAACAAAGAUAUAAAAUAAAAGUACCUUGACUAACAUACCUCAACAAUUUAUUUGUUUGAGACGUGAACCAUAUGCAAUUUUUAUUUAUAAGAUACAAAAAAAAAUAAAUUAAUAUAUACGCAACUUGUGUAAAUACCUAACAUACCUAUACCUAGGUUAAACUAAAUCAAACAUAAAAUAAGCUUCUACGAAUAUCUAGAUAGGUAUAUCUACCUAUGUAUCUCUGAUAUACCUACAAGACGCGAAGAAAAAGAAGACGCAUACCUAAUAAAGUUGUUUUGUAUUUUUAUUAGAUACACUCAACGCAAAAAAUAGAUAGAGGCAAAAUAAAAAAAACCUAAACCUAGGUCAAUAUUGUUUAUAGUGAUACGCGUUAAGUUGGUGUUUAUACUAAAUUAAAAUCAAAAAGAAAUAUUAAAUUAUUAACAAAAUACUGUUAUAAUAAUUGGUUUGUUUUGUUUUUAUAAUCAAUUGAAUUGGUUAUAUGAAUGUUUAGAAGAUAAAAGUUGUACCUACCUACGAUCAAAACAAACGGAAAUAGAAAAUUAGAAAAAUAUUUACACAUCAUAACGACUAUCAACAAAUAUUUUUCUCGGAACAACAAAGUAGUGUUUUCUUUUUUAAAUUUUAUUUUUUUUAUUUUGUGUGUGCUUUAAAUGAUCGUUAAACAAAAACUUAACGAUAGUAAAAAUUUGUUACAUUUGAAUUGUGUUAAUUAAUAUAAAAACAACCUUACAAUCGGUAUUGGAGCUGUUUUCUUAUUUCUAUAGAUUAGAAAUCUCAGCGAACUGUUUUAAAACAAUUAAUUCUUAUUUGCAGUAACACAAUAUAAGAAACACACACAAUGGUUUACUAUCCAGCUUUGCCGUUAGUUAUGAAAACGGAACCAAUGUCUCAAUCAGAAUUCUGUUUGCCAUUAACAAGUUCGAGUGGUCUCAGUGACAGCCAAAUGUACCAACAAACAAAUAUGAUAGUUCAACAGCCAAUAACAAGUAUUAGAAAUCGCAUUGGAGGCGGUAUAGGAGGCGUACCGCCGUCAGCAUCAUCAUCAUCAUCACCGCCAUCAUCAUCAGCGACGACUAUAAGUGGUGAAACUCUGCUAAUAUCUCCACAUGAUGUUCAAACAUUUCAAAUAAGUAACGGACAAAAUAUAACCAUUUACACAACGACGACGCAAACGCCGACAGAAAGUAUUUCUCCAACACAAUCAACAUCAUCAGCAUCAUCAGCAGCAACAACAACAGCAACAAAUAACGGACGAAAGUCCUCACCUGCGUCUGUCAAAUCAACAACAUCACCAACAAAACCCCAGUUUAAGUGUGAACAAUGUGGAAUGACUUUUGGAAGUAAAAGUGCCCAUACAAGUCACACUAAAUCUCAUGCGAAGAUAGAAGGAGCGGGAGGAGUUGCAAUGGUGUCGCAGCAGCAUCAAAUCAAUGAGAUUCCAGCGGGCAUACCCAAAACCCCACAAAUUAAGGCUAAUGGAAGCGGUAGUGACCCCUACCAGUGUAAUGUGUGUCAGAAGACUUUUGCUGUGCCUGCUAGACUGAUCCGCCAUUAUCGUACACACACGGGUGAGAGACCUUUCGAAUGCGAGUUCUGUCACAAACUUUUCAGUGUUAAGGAAAACCUCCAGGUCCAUCGGCGAAUUCAUACGAAAGAGCGACCCUAUAAGUGCGACGUGUGUGGUAGAGCCUUCGAGCACAGCGGAAAACUGCAUCGACACAUGCGGAUUCACACAGGUGAACGACCUCACAAGUGCUCAGUUUGCGGAAAAACCUUCAUCCAAUCUGGCCAAUUGGUGAUUCACAUGCGAACGCAUACGGGAGAAAAACCUUACAAAUGUCCCGUUGAGGGUUGCGGCAAGGGUUUCACCUGCUCCAAACAACUGAAAGUUCAUUCACGAACCCACACCGGAGAGAAACCCUACCAUUGUGAUAUCUGCUUCCGGGAUUUUGGCUACAAUCAUGUCCUUAAGCUGCAUCGAGUGCAACACUAUGGGUCCAAGUGCUACAAGUGCACAAUUUGCGAUGAGACUUUCAAGAGCAAAAAAGAAAUGGAAGCCCACAUAAAGGGUCAUGCCAAUGAAAUACCCGACGAUGAGGAGAAUCCCAGCGGCAGCAGCAACAAUCAACAGCAAGCUCCAAGUUCACCGAUCUCAAUGGUUGUGAAACAGGACCCAUUGUCACCAAGUUCACCAUCCUCAUCAUCGAUAAUUCUUGAGACUGAUCAAAGCCGCGACAGCGGUGUUGCAAUCUCUACCAGUGGCAGUUGUAAUAACACUGGCAGCAGUAGCACCUCACUGGAUGAGAUGCCACCAGAGAUUCAAGCUGAACUACAGCAACAAAAUCAUCACAAACGUCAUCAAAAACAAAAGCAACAGCUGCAACAGUUGCUCGACGAUCAGCAACCGCAAGCAAAAGAAAUGAUCUCCUUCAGCAAUGUCUAUCAUAGGUAUCAAGCACGUUCGGCAUCGCCUUCAGACGAACACCAAGACCAGCAUCAUCAGUCAUCACCGGAUAUGCUGAUACCACAAUAUGUCGGAAGACCAACAAUCAAUCCGGCUCUAUUAGAAGCUGCCUCCCUGGCAAGUCGAAGGGUUCUCGAGGAAGAUACCUUAAAGAAUGGCAGAAGAAUAAACUCCAGAAAUGAAACCGAAGAUCUGCGAAGUAGUUCAGUUCCGAGGCAGAGUUAUUACACCCCAGCGCCAGUUGGAGAAUUCAGAUCCUCUCUCCCUGCUAAUGACAUUGUCCGUCAAGUAGAAGCAGCCAUAGCUGGUGCUGGACUAUCACCCCUACGAUCAGCAUCAUCAGCAUCACCCGAACGAUCAUCAUCACCAGAAAGUGAUUCAAUGAUGAUGGCAGAUCGUGAUGUUAUGACACUGCCAUUACGCAAACGAAAACUCUACUUAAAGGAUAACAAUCAAUCUUCGAAGACUGAAGUUCCAAAAGUUAUGCGAAUGAGUUCAGUAAUUCAAUUUGCAAAAGCAUCGUAAGAGUAUUUUCUUUCAUUUUUCAUUAAAACAAAAGAUUUUGUAUACAUUUUAUAAAUAAUAUAAAUAGAAUAUAAAAUUAGAGUAAUAAAUGAAUGUAGUCAAAUAGAGAAGAUGAUUAUGAUUAUGAUGAUGAUCAAAAAGAGAAGUAGCUUAAUAGAGAUUCGCAAUAAAAUUCACUCAUAACGUCAUUCUACAUUCAAUUACAAUAAUAUUCUAGAAAAUAGUAUAUUUCUUAUUUGAUUGUCGCUAUUUUGGUUACUUCAUAUAUGUAUGUACAUAAACAUUUUGUAUCCAAAAAAUUGCGUAUUAAAGGAUUCUAUUGAAUUGACUGUUGAAGAUGAAAUUUGUCUAUCAAAAAUUGAUAGAGCUGUCAACAAGACUCUUGUCAUUCUUGUCAAAAAACGUUAGUGUCAUUUGAAUUCAACUAAAAUGACAAGAAAUGAGAGAAAAAAAGAUACACAUUUCAAAAACACUUAUGAAGGUAUAAAUCCUCGUAGUCAUCUUUGAUUGCCUACAAGUUGAAGCGAACAGCUGAUUUAUGAACAGCUGAGUGAUUAAAUGCGUGCUUAAAAUUCAUUAGUUAAUUCUAUGUGUGCGUGAAAACAAGUCAGAGACAACAAUGUAAAGAAAUGGGUUGGAGGGGAUACGUACGAAGGUUUUAUGUCUCCGUAGUGUUUUUGUUGACAUUUCUACAAAGUCCUAUUGAAAAAUUCAAAAUAGAAAUAGAUUUUCCAACUUAACUUACCCAAAUAUUUAAAAUGUUGCUAUGUUUUGGAGUCUUUGAUGCGAAUACAAUCCACCAGAUUAUGAUCCAUGCCUUAGGUUUCCACUAGAUUAUAGAACAGUUCUGAUUCUUAGACUUUUUCGCGACACUAAAUAACUUAAGUUCUGAUCUAUUUUCCUUUUUUACAGUGGAUAAUGAGCUAGAAAAGGGAAUAAUUUCACCCGCGCAUAGCAAACGAUUGCAAUUUAUUACAAGAAACAAAAAUUAGAUGAUAUUUUCUGAAACAAAACGAGAACUUUAAAUUUUAAGGCAACAGAACUAAAAAUUCACAAAUCACUUCACAGAAAUUGUACUCUGUAGCUGAGCUACGAAUCAGACUUGAGACUGCAGACUGCGAAUGCGAAAUGUUGAUCUCAACUGAAACCAUAUGAAUUUUAUAAGUUUGAGCGAAAGUGGACGGAGAAACAUCAAUGGAUAGUUGAUCGGCGGCCAUUGAUGCAAUUUUGACAAUAAUGAGUUGCGGGAGGAUUCAAAAAUGUUUUUUGACACACUUUGAGCAUGAAAUGUCAAAAUUGACAUUUGAUUUAUUCUGCUGCAUACACUAAACAAAUUAUGUAGGUAUUGAUUGUGCAAAUCUGUCAACUUGUUUAUUUCUUUUUCUUCACUUUCAUAUGGUGAAAAUAAAAACAACAAAACAUUUAUUUGGCAAUUUAUAUUUUCUUUACAUUUCAUUUAGCCUCAUCGAUAUAUUUCAGACUAAAAGUUCCUAUUCUCAAAAGAAUAUGUAUUAAUGAAAUGACAAUGUUUAAAAAAGGUGCAAUCUCAUAUUUUGACAGCAAUUUUCACUUUUAUUUAGUGUGAUAAAUAUAAAAAACUUAUAUUGUUGACGUGGGAGACUUCAAGGGUAUGCUGCCAAAAUCGAUUUACAGUGAGUCAAAUAAAAUUUCAUCAACUAGCAAUUUUCAUAAAAUUCAACAAUCUUUUCAAUAAAAUCAUUUAAAAAAAACACCCUUCCACGUAACGUAAGACUUGAAUAAAACAAACAAAAAAUUAAAAAA